CUUCUUCUUCAACAUCAUCAUUAGGGUUUUGGUUUUUGACUUUUUGUUAGCAUCUUAUUUUACUAUGUGAAAAGAAAACGACGUUUCCCCACACUUGUCAACAAACGUGGCGCUAAUUUUACAUUAGCGUAGCUUACGCUUAUUCUUUCUUUCUCGCCCUCGCCCCAACAUACCCGGAGACCCUUCUCUAUAUUCCAUUUUUUUAUUUUUUUAUUUUGUUUCGUUAUUUUGUUAAAUCGGGGGGUUGAAUCGUUGAACUCGGUUCUGAAUUUUUAUUUGUUUUUUGUUCUAACAUCUGAGAAGAGAGGAAAAAAAUGGUGGAUUCAGAACGAGUCCAAAAUCCAUGGAUAGCUUCCUCUUCCGACCAAGUUGCUUCAAUUUCACAAGCUGAAUUGAACGCUCAAGCUCCGUUGUUGCUCGAAUCUCCUUCUCUUCAGCCUCCGCCGUCGCCGCCGCAAUCGUCUGACGCCAACAAAUUGGGAAUUGGCGAACGAGCUUUCUCUGCCGCAGGCGCCGCCUUCAUCUCCGCCAUUAUUGUUAAUCCCCUUGAUGUUGCCAAGACAAGGUUGCAAGCACAAGCCGCAGGGGUGGCUUAUUCUCAUCGCCUCAGUAAUAUGACCAGUCGUAUGGCUUGUUUUGGCCCAAACAUGAUGUUUGCUGAUUUAAGAUGUUCUCCUUCGUGUUCCCGUGCUGGAAUCCAUGGCACAAUUUCGCUUUGCCCUCCUGAGUGUUUUCGGUACAAGGGAACAUUUGAUGUCUUGUAUAAAGUUGUACAACAGGAAGGAUUUUCAAGGCUGUGGAGGGGUACAAAUGCAGGCCUGGCACUUGCUAUACCAACCGUGGGAAUUUACCUUCCAUGCUAUGACUUGUUCCGCAACUGGUUGGAGGAAUUCACAGCAAGAAGUGCUCCAAUGACAACUCCAUAUGUACCUUUAGUGGCUGGUUCAUUGUCACGCUCCCUUGCAUGUGCAACUUGUUAUCCUAUUGAACUCGCCAGAACUCGUAUGCAGGCGUUUCAAGAGACUCAAGUUGGUAAAAAGCCUCCUGGAGUUUUUCAGACUCUUGUAGGUGUUGUUUCACAUGUCAAGGGUUCAAAUAGUCCUCCUCAGAACACCUGGCAAGGUUAUCGUGUUCUGUGGACUGGUAUGGGAGCACAACUUGCCCGAGAUGUACCCUUCUCUGCAAUUUGUUGGUCAAUUCUAGAACCUACUAGAAGAAAACUCCUUAGCCUGGUAGGGGGUGAUGACGCCAAUGCAUUGGGUGUUCUUGGGGCAAAUUUUUCAGCUGGUUUUGUUGCUGGAACUCUAGCAGCAGGAGCUACAUGUCCGCUAGAUGUAGCGAAAACUCGAAGGCAAAUAGAGAGGGAUCCGGUGAGGCAACUGAGAAUGACCACAAGACAAACAUUGAUGGAAGUUUGGAGAGAUGGAGGCAUGAAGGGACUGUUCACAGGUUUAGGUCCACGAAUUGGAAGAGCUGGCCCCUCCGUUGGAAUAGUGGUUUCAUUCUAUGAAGUUGUCAAGUUCGCUCUUCAUGCACAACGCUAAGUCAUCAUAACAAAACAGAUUCUCUGAUCAUCACGGAACUAACAACACAACACAGCACAUGAAAUAGCAAAUUGUCAAUUACAUAAGGGUUAAAUUAAAUAUAAGCCAUGCAUGCAGCAAGCAACUAACUUAUAAGGUUCUUGAGCUUUUCUUGUAAUUGUAAUUUUGCUGCUUUGUCGAGCAGCACAAAUUUUGUUGACAACAACUCUUCAAUUGAAGAAGAUUACGUCGGGAAUAAAAUUUGACCCGUUUUUUUUGCCAGUUUCC